AUGGCUCUCUUUGCUACCCUGCUUUCCAUUACUUUUGUGGCCCAGAUCGGGGCCUUUGACUUGGGCCAGUCCACCCGUUGCGUGUCCAUACCUCGCCAGCUGAGUGUGUGUCACGAUGUGGGCUACUCGGAGAUGCGACUGCCUAACCUCCUUGGUGACAGCAGCUUGGAGGAUGAGGUGCUACCACGGUCUGAUGGCUGGCGUUCCCUGCUGCAGACUGGGUGCCACCCUCAAGCCCAGACCUUCAUCUGCUCUCUUAUCGCUCCUGUCUGUUUAGACACUUUUAUCCAGCCAUGCCGAAGUCUAUGUCUUGCUGUGAGGGACAGCUGUGCCCCAGUCUUGGCCUGCCAUGGCCAUGCAUGGCCUGAGGAACUGGACUGUGACCGUUUUCCUGAUCAGGAUGACAUGUGUCUCACCCCACUACCCAAGCAUGUCGGCAGGUUCUCUAAAGAUCUCCCCCAGCCUGUGUGUCAGUCCUGUCCUUCAGUAGAUGAACUCCCUUCUUUGAAGACAGUGAUGGAUGCCCUUUGCUUCACUGACUUUGCCUUUAAAGCCAAGUUGUUCCGCCGCCGAGUGGCCUCCUCAGAGCCAGAACUUGAGGUGGAGGGAAAGGUGGAGUUCAUUCAGCGAGGUCCUCUGCUGCCAUAUGACACCACCAAUCUGCUGCAACAAUGGCUGCUGCUGAACCUGCGCUGUGCACAUACUCUGGUGAAGCCCGGACGUGCACAGCUCUACCUGAUCACAGGCACGACGCGCUCGGACGGCACUGUGGAACUUGCACACCUCUUUCCUUGGCUAAAGAAGGACCUGCACAUAGCUGCUGCUACCCGCAAGUGGAAGCACCACAAGUGCUGA